AUCAUAAAUGGUGUUAAUGCAUACUCUAUUAAUUUUAAUGAUGGAAUCCUCAAAAUAUAUGGGAUAUCCCAAAAUCCAGAUACAAAUGACUAUAUUAUUGAGUUACCGUUGGAAUGAAAAAUUGGAUGUACUAAGUCAGAUUGUUAAAGGUCUUAAAAACAUUCAUGAAAAUAAAUUAGCCCACCGUGAUUUCCAUACAGGAAAUAUAUUGGUAUCAAUUGGAUAUAAUUCCUAUUAUGGUUACUCUGGAAAUUCUUCACAUGAUAUAUAUAUUUCAGAUAUGGGAUUAUGUGGAGAAGUUAUUAUGCCAUUUGUAGCUCCUGAAGUAUUAAGAGGAAAGCCAUAUAAUCAAGCAGCAGAUGUAUAUAGUUUUGGUAUGAUUAUGUAUUAUAUUGCAACUGGAAGACAACCUUUUGCCAAUCGUGCUCAUGAUAGUGGUUUAGCAUUAAAUAUAUGUAAUGGAAUUAGACCUGAAAUAAAUGAACAAGAAGCACCAAAAUUUUAUAUUGAGUUAAUGAAAAAUUGUUGGGAUCCAGAUCCAGAUAAGAGACCAAGUGCUAUUGAAAUAGAAAAAUUGAUCCCUAAACUUAGUUGUGAAGAUAAAGAAAUUAAUAAGCAAAUUGAAAAAGCAGAAGAAUAUAGAAAAACAAAUAUUUUAUCUACUGGAAAUAGUCAAUCAAUUCAUCCACAAGCUUGUUAUACUUCUCGAUUACUCAAUCAAUUUACAAAAGAACUUCCAAAAACAUGAUGAUAGUUACAAAAAAUGAAAAAUAAGUCAAUUAGAACAUGCAUCUACACCAAAUAUAAAAUACAUUUUAUAAAGUUCAUCUAAAGAAAAGUGAUGAAUAUAAAACAUAAAAGGUGUAACACAAUUGUGAAAAUUCAUGUUCUAACUAUAAAACUCCUUAUAUUAGAUAAGAUGCAACUAACUUAAGCCCAAUAUUAACUAUUAACACAAUUUUAUAAUUGGGAUAUUAUUAUUUUUUUUUGUUGAUAUCAUUGUAUUUUGUUCAAC